AUGGACGCGUCAACGGGACCAGGAGCCACUUUAAAUCUUUGCUUGUCUGAAGAUGGGCUAUAUGCCGCCCACGUGAGUGGCAAGGGCCUGGUUGUCCACUCAAAUGUAGCUUCAGAAAACAAGGAAGUACAGAUCGCAAGGAUCAAAGAGACUCCACUCAAAUCACUCAAAUACUUCAAUGUGGAAAGUUCUCCUGGUGCACCAGAUGAGGAGAUUGCCUCUCGGCGACGACUCCUAUCCGCAAGCGACAGCCGAAUCUCGGUCUGGCAGCUCACUCCGCUUGAAAUGUUCGCCGGCAUCGAAAGCGUCGAACCGGGGGCAUUGACUGCCGAAUUUGGUGCCGACGAGAAUGAAGUUCUUGUGUUUCAUGCGUGGAACACUAAACUCAGUGUGCACUCAUUAGAGACCGGACGCAGCUCAGUCAUUAAAACACCCAAGUUUGCCCAUCAUCUCGGCUUUGGGUAUCGCCCAAAAACCAGACAACUCGCUAUUCUGCUAAAACCGGACACUUCGGAUCUACUAACCGUCCACGAGCCCCGGUCUUACGAUCUCGUCAACAGGACUGUGCUUCCAACCAUUGAUGCACAAGGGUUGAAGUGGAGUCCAGAUGGGAAAUGGAUUGCCAUCUGGGAUAUUGCUAGUGCAGGUACAAAGGUACUAGUAUUAACAGCGGACGGUCAACUUUUCAGGACCUAUUCUGGACCAUCUGGGGUGGAUGAUUCCUUCGAUCUCGGUGUGAAACAGAUUGAAUGGGGCCCUGUCUCCCACCAGGCUAUUUCUGAAAUAUUGGCCGUGGGAAAGGUUAACGGGAAUGUUGACUUGCUCCGAACUCGCACAUUCUCUUCCGCAACAACACUCUCACAUGUGUUCCAAACAGACCAGGAAUGUUCUAAUAUUUGGCGCGAGCGUUACACCACUGCCACAGGUGACGCCGAAUAUGCCGAGGCAUCCUGCUCAUCUGCAUUGAGCAUGAGCCCCGAGUCGGCAGGGCCACCACGAGGCGUCUUGACAAUGGCUUUUAGCCCAGACGGUUGCCUCCUUGCGACUGUUGACACAGCACGGCAGAAUGUCGUUUGGAUUUGGUCACUAGAGGGCACUCCGACACUUGUAUCAGCUCUAGUUCACGAGCAAAGUGUUCGACAAAUUGUUUGGCAUCCUUCAACACCACAACUCUUGAUUAACACUAUCACGAAUACAUUGCCUGCUAUUCGAUGGUGGUCCCCAAAUGAUCAUCCAUUGAUUGCCCGGGUUCCUAUUCAGAGGAGCGAGAGCGGAAAGUAUGAUGUGAGAUGGGUUGCAGGGUCGAAGGCAGACUCGGCGUUCUGGUUUAGUUCACCCGAGCAACAUGUUAUUGGAUAUUUGUCUAUCUGUGAUGGUGCUGUUGAGUUUGAGUUGUUGAACUCAGUGUCGAGCAAGAAUUUGUCUUGA